ACUUAGCUGACAAGUUGCGCGAUGUGUCGAGAUGUCGUUAAUCUUGUAGUUAUGACGGUUUCGAGAAACGGCCCCCGUAGCACCCACUGACCUCUAUAGCACCGCCGGAUGGCGCUCGUUAUUUUUGCUACUACAUACAUACGGGGGUCUAACGGGUCGGUAUCGUAAAUUUGGCCACGUCUUCACAAUCAUUCUGUUUAACUCCGGUAGUUCUCGAGUUAAAGUGAUUUCUAUCCGUCUAUAUCAGGAUCAUAUCGAAAUGGAGCUGUAUUCAACUCUUUUGAUCGGUACAUUUCUUGUUGUGCUUGGUGGUGUGCUAGCAGAGGAUACUAAGGGACGUGGUUUAGGAGAGCAAUAUGAUUGGGUUACCUUUGAAGAUGGAUUGAAGCUAGCCAAAGAGAACAACAAACCUAUGAUGUUGGUCAUUCACAAGACUUGGUGUGGAGCAUGUAAAGCAUUAAAACCCAAGUUUGCUGCCAGUGAAGAAAUACUUAAAUUAAGCAGUGACUUUGUGAUGGUCAACGUAGAGGAUGACGAGGAACCUGAAGGGUCUCAAUUUCAACCCGACGGUGGAUACAUUCCUCGUAUACUCUUUCUAAACUCAGACGGCGUAGUUCAAAGUGACCUAAUCAACACGUUAGGAAAUCCCCAAUACAAGUACUUCUAUUCAAAUGCUCUAAUGGUGACUGAAGCAAUGAAAUCUGCAGUCAAAGCACUGGGAGGAAGCAGAAAUGAUGAGUUGUGACAUGGAUCUCUAGUUUAAACUAUUUAUCAAGCAAUAAUGGCAGGUGCCCACUCUUGUGAUGUAAACACUAUGGCCCGAACUCACAAAGGAGGUUUAACUUAACCCAUGGUUACUUUAAACCCUCAUUAACAUAACCCAUGGUUUAAAAAUUAGUGCAAAAUAUUGGACCUCUGUCUGUGUCGCGCUUAUGGAUUAUGUAAAUAAAGAUUUAAACCAUGGGUUGAAUUUAAACCUCUUUGUGAAUUUGGGCCUUUAUGAUUUGUCUAUUCAGAGACAGAAAGGUGCUAACUCUUUCUAAAAGUGUAUGACAGGGCUUUUGAUGUCCCUUACUAAUGCUACUUAUCUUGACAAUAAUAAGACAUUUAAACAUAAUUCUUUUUCACAAUAUGAUACAAGUAAAGGACAAGUUCACCAUUAUCUGAUGGUCAGAAUAACAUUACCUCAUAUAAUGUAUACUAUUUAUAUGUGAUGCAGAUAUCGUCCCUUUGCCACAUGUUAGCCAAUGUUAUUUUUUUAUGGGAUAGAUAUAGGCCUACCAAAGGCUUUCAAGAUUAUUUAACUAUGCCCAGUGCAAGAUUAAUCUAUACUGAUAUUAAAAGGGUUGUCAUGGAAAUAAUCAAGACCCUAGUAAUGGGUAAUUUUGCAAAACCAUGAUGCACAAUGAAUCGUUUUGUUUAGUAGUGUCUAUCGUUUUGUGCACGUGUGGUAAACAAGUGACCUUGCAGAGAGUUGAAGAAAGCACCCAAAAUGUUAAUGUCCCACUGGCUUUCGAGUGUAAACUUUGUUUAAAGUUUAUAUUGUAUUGUGGUCAAAACAGAUAUAUAUUGUAAUGGUUCGUUCGUUCAUGUCUCCUUAGAUCAGGAUAGUUAUGUAAAGUUCCUUAUUAAAUUAAAUUAAAUUUUAAAUUAAGUUCUUCCAUGGCCCGAUUGCUGCAAUGGCCGUUUCAUUAACAAGGGUCAGGUCUUCAUCUGUAAUAGUGAUUCAUGCCUUUGAAGAUGGUUCAUGGUAUGCUUGGUCAAAAAUCGUUUCUUUGAGACCAACAUCAUAUACAUACACACUCUAGUAUUCAACAUCGCAAAGUGGAUACUUAGUUAGAAUAGGAUACUUAGAAAAGGCUUUUAGGAGUGAUAGGAUUUGCAUGUAAAUGUUAGAAAUAUUCUGUAGCUGAAUUUUUAUUAGUUUUUCAUGACUUUAUAAAAAAAAUAAUGAUUACUUUAGACUGUCUAUAGGCCUUUAUAAUUGUAUACUUUUACAGACAAGUGCCUUGGAAUACUCAUAUUUUGAGGUACUUUGUGGAUUAAUCUGUCAGUCGUUAUUCAAUGUCUCACAGAUCGGCAUUCGUACAUGACACUAUUGACCCAUACCAUACAAAACUAGUCUCUUCACUUCAUUAUACAUAGAGGUGGUAUCAUGAUUGUUAUACAUUUUUGUAAGAAAUGCAUGGACUGAGUAAUUACACAAAAUACCUAUAUUAGACUCAUGAUUCUGGGCCCUGUGUUAUAAAACUUUUCCUCCAUAACAAAUGCUAAAUUGCUAUGACAAAUUUACAAAUUUGCUCUCAGCCAAUCAAUGCCAGGAGUUCAGUAGCUUAUAAAAGUUAUGGUACCUUGUUACGGAUGAAAAGUUUUGUGAAACAGGGCCCUGGUGUCUGGAUAAAAUGUUUUAAUAUCAAUUUAAAGAGAUUCACAUUUAUCCAAGCUCAUGGUUGAAAUCGCAUUCUUUUUUGCUACAAAACCAUGGACAUGCAAUUGGUUCUUGUCAAAUUGUUACAGAUGAUUACUUUUCUAAUUGGUAGAUGGACUAAGCAAAAUACAUUCUCACAAGCCAAACAAGCUUGACUAAUUUCAUGCUUUUGUCUACAUUCUAUAGGUGACAUAUUCAUUGAGUAACAAAAGAUCUUAGUUUGAAUUUAUUAGGCUGUGUAUGUUAUCUAGACAUUUAUAGAAUGUUAUUACACUGCAUGAAUAAAAAAGGAAAAAGAUAAAUAUCAAUAGUAA